UUUAACAACAUUGCUGUAUCGACAUCAGUCACUAAACGUCCGUGAUAUCAUCAACAACGCGUAUCAAGAACAUUUAAUAGAAUAAAGUGUCAAUAACACAUUAACUCAUAUCUGAGUAUGACGGACUCCAUAAGUUCAGCAAUCUCGCCCAUGGGGAAAUCAACUUCCGAGUUUACGUUGGAAGAUUUCAAUUCACGCACACAGCUAAGCGAAAAGACACAGCCUGAAAAUGAAUAUAAUCCUGCAGACUAUCGCGAUCCUAUUGCGGGUCAAUCUUCGGUGGGCGCAUUUGUGCAUUUACUCAAGGGUUCACUAGGUUUUGGCAUUUUAUCAAUGCCAAUGGCUUUCUACAAUGGUGGCUUACUCUUCGCUUUGAUUGCAACGUUGGUGGUGGGCUUACUUUGUGCGCAUUGUGUGCAUAUAUUGGUGAAAACUUCACAAGAAAUUUGCAAAACACAUAAAAUUCCCGCACUAAGCUUCGCCGAGACUACACAAAAGGUAUUUGAAAAUGGACCAAAAUACCUGCGGCCAUGGUCAGUCUUUGCAAAACGUUUUGUUGAUGGCGGUUUGAUGGCGACCUACUUUGCUGCCGCUUGUGUUUACAUGGUCUUUAUUGCGACCUCCUUUCAUGAUGUCAUCAAUUAUGAUACCGGCCUAAGAUGGGAUGUACGCAUUUAUAUUGGCUUUACUGUGAUACCUUGUCUAAUCAUUGGUCAAAUACGAAAUUUAAAAUGGCUCGUACCAUUCUCGGCAAUUGCAAAUAUAUUCAUAGCAAUUACUUUUGCCAUAGUGUUGUAUUACUUAUUUAGUGAACCGUUGGUAUUCUCAGACAAACCGUUAAUUGCACGUUCUGAACAGAUACCACUUUAUUUUGCCACUGCCAUUUUCGCCAUGGAGGGUAUCGGCUCAGUUAUGCCCAUUGAAAAUUCAAUGAAGAAACCUGAACAAUUUCUUGGUUGCACUGGCGUACUCAAUUCAGCUAUGAUUAUUGUUGUUUUGUUUUAUUCCGCAAUCGGUUUUUUAGGUUAUGCACGUUAUGGCAGUGAAAUACGUGGCAGCAUUACAUUGAAUUUAAAUGAUGGCACACCUUUAGCCGACACCGCCAAACUGCUAAUAGCGGUUGCUUCACUUUUUGCCUAUGGCCUGGUUUUCUAUAUACCCAUCGACACACUUUGGCGAAAUAUUAGCGACAGAAUUAGUGAAAAGAAUCAUAAUAUUUCACAAAUACUUUUACGCACGGCAAUUAUAUUGAUUAGCGGCGCCGUUGCUACCGCUAUACCAAAUCUUGAGCCGUUCAUUAGUCUUGUGGGCGCCAUUUUUCUCUCAUUACUUGGCUUUUUGGUGCCCAGCGUUUGUGAGGCAGUUUACUUGUGGCCCGAUCGCUUGGGUUGGUGCAAAUGGAAACUAUUCAAGAAUAUAUUCUUAAGCGCUUUUGCGAUAUGCGCUCUAGUUGCUGGCUCCACAGCGAGUGUAAAUGAAAUUAUUAAAUUAUAUAAGUGAUUAGGCAAAUAAUUCUAUAUGUUUAUACUAUUGUAUAUGACAAAGCAGCUAUUUAAGAUGGAAUUUUCAUGUUUAGCUUUUAAUAUUGUGCAUAUAAUAAUAAUUAGGAAUAUCUUCGUUUAUUAUAAAUAUUAUGAAAUUUUUGAAAAUCACAUACAGCACUCUAAGUAGUCCAGAAAAAUGCCUGUACAUAAUAUUUGCUCACUAGUUACUUAGUACCUGUGAUUGAAAUGUAUACCCUUUGUAACGUUAAAAAAAUACAACAAUAAAUA